AUGGCAGAAUCCAAGUAUGCACAAGUAAAUCCAGCGGUGGCACCAUCCCCGACAUUAGCUUCAUCGUUUCCAACUCCUGUGACCCCACUCCCUCCUCCAGAGUCUUCCUCGAUCGAGACCCAACGAGCUCAAGCCGCCGAAGCAGCAGCAGGCGCUGGCAUCUCAAUAGACCCAGACAUGAUUUUGUUGGAAGACGACUGGUUGAUUGCCGUGCAGAAACCGCCAGGAGUGUACAGUGAACACAUCCUAUCAGCCGUGGGUGCCAUGCUGACCACGCGAGACCGAGCGACACACGCGAAACGGCCAAGUGCGGAAAGCGCGGAGGAGUCGCACAUGCCAUCAAGUGUACCUGUGAUUAGAAAACUUCCAGAGCAGAGCACACGUGCUGUGGAUGGGAAGAUGACAUUGGGUGCGGAGAACUUAGCAGCAGGAAUGCAGGGUUUGAGUUCCACCAGCAGUACGCCAGCUGCAGCUGGCAGUCACACGGCGUUGUCACCUACAGGGUUACCCGCUUCCACCCCGUUUCUGGUGCACCGAUUGGAUCGCGAUACCAGUGGCGUGCUGCUGCUGGCGAAGACCGCAAAGUCAGCUGCCAAGCUAGGGAAGGCGUUUGAGAGGAGGGACGUCAGCAAGUCGUACUUGGCUCUCUGUGCUCUGUCCGACGCUUCUGCUGUUGCACCCAGUGGGGAUACUCGCUGUGAUGAAGAGAUUGUUGGUGCUGGAGACGCUGUCUUGGUGUGGUCUGAUGAGAGCUUAAGCAAGACGGAUAACGACAGCCAGGAAGAGCUAGUUAUCAACGAGGAACCUGUGCCAUUCAUUUGCAUCAUUAGGGAAAUACGCCAGCAAGUCAGAGCCGGUGCUCUGGCUCCAGUAGAAGUCGUCGGUCAGUGGAUGUACUCCGUUCAGGAGAUUUCGGAUGACCGGCGGAAGUUCCAUGGUUUCAGCAGAUCCUCAUGCUCAUCACUACCCUACAACGAACAGGAGCUCGCGGACCGUCGGCUCCUCUUCUACUCCUUUCACACGGAUCCGUUUGACGCUGAAGCGAUUGCUGGUAAAUGCACCAUUCAUAUGCUUCCACGAGCCAAGGGCUUUCUCAAAGAGGAAGAAGCUGGAGGAUUUGUGGUUCACUUUAUCUACCGCCAUAUGGAUGGACGGAUCGUGGCCGUUGAUGACCGGAGUAGGAUGGAACGGGGAGAAUGGAAGGAGGUUGAAGCGACACUGCAGGAAACCAGAAUCAGGCUGAAGAAGAUGCUGAAAGACAAGUCCGUCAAGUUGACGGAUUCGGGACGGAGUAAGCGUGUCAGGGAGGAAGGGUCUGGAGAGGGGUCGGAAUCUGAAGAUGAGAGAAGUGAUAAUGAGCCGCUUCAUGCAAGGAUGGGUCAGUCCGCUAAAAGGAGGCGGGAAGCUGAUGUGGAGACUUCGGACGAUGAUGUUCCGAUAGGAGCGAGGGUCAACAACGAGAAGGCAAAGAGAAGAAAAGUCGCCAAGCAGCAGAAUACGUUACAGCGUGAUCCGGCUGUUUCCAUGCACGAUCCAGCUGCUAGGAAAGUUUACCAAGCAAAGGUGAAGGAUGGUUUCGGCGUAGGUUUCAAGCGUUUGAGGAAGAUGAAGCAGCGAGUGGUAAGUGAUGAUGAGGAGGGGCAACAGGAGGUGCAGGAGAGUGAAGAGGAUAUUGGUGGUGGGGAGUUGGACGAAGACAACAGCAGGCUACGGAACACACAUGGUGUUUACCCAGGAGACUACCUGUGGAACCGACGGAGCAGAGAUGAAGGGCUGGAUGAAGGAGGUGGUGCGGAUGCGACAACCACGAAGCAGCAUAAUAUGGAGUCGGUAGAGGACGUGCGUGUAGAGGCAGCGGAAAGGGGAGCAGUGAAGAGAUCGGCGUCGUUUGGGAGAGGUGGUGAGGGGAGGGGAGGGAAGGAAGACGGGAGGAAUGGUGCUGUUGCCCUUGGUCGCCCUCCUUUUGCCGAAAGAGUGGAGAAUGUCGGGAAGAAGGCGUGUGACAUGCAGGGGAAAAAGACUGGCGGGAGGGAAAGUGAAAGAAGGGGAGAGAAGGGUAGAGAGAAGGAUAGAGAAAAGGGUGGAGAGAAGGUACGCGAGGAUACGGAGCGAGAGAAGUCACAGGUGGGAGGGAGGGCUAUUGCUAGAUCUCACAGUGGAAAACGGUGUAUGGCGACAAGCAGUGCACCGCGUAGCACUGCUGCUGCUUCUGCUGCGGUUGGCACUGCUGAUGAUACCUCCCGUUCGUCUGGUGCCGGCUCCGGUCCAUCCGUUGCUGGGAACAAUAGCUUCAAGUCUCCAGCAGUAGUGGCAGGAGCCGCACCAGCAGCAACAGGAGGGUCAGCAGCAGGACAAGCACAAGGAGCAGCAGCAGGGUCGCAGUCUCAGAGGUGUACAGCAGCAGAGAUCCUGGAGCGCGCUGGCUGCUGCACUGGCAUCCCCAAGCGGGACCACAUGCUAGAGUUGCUGCUCUCCGCACUUCUCACUGCAACCUCCUCCUCCCCAUGCGCCUCACCAAGGGCCUCUGUCCCUUCUUCCAUUCCUGCAAACGCCUCUUCCACUGCUGUCGCUGUUGGCGGAUCCUCUGCUGCUGCUGCAGUUCCCACAGCCAGUUCCUCUGCAGCUGCAAUUCCGACAGUCGAUUCUUCUGCAGCUGCAGCUCCCACGGACAGCCCCUCUGCUGCUGCUGCAUCAGACUCAUUUAUCCACGAGAAGCAGCGCGAGUGGGAGAUGAAGGCGGCGAAAGCGGUGUCUGAUCUGGAGGAGCUCGCGAAUGAGACGCUGGGGGAUGGCGUGGGGUCCAGGUAUACUGUCAAGCUCAGAUCCGUGCGAGCAAAUUUCAAGAGUGGAAACUGCUUAUCGCGUCGCUUCGUUCUGGGCGAGCUCUCGCCACCAGUUGUGCUCUCCAUGUCACCGGAGGAACUGAAGGACGGUCUGACGAGGCGGGAGAAGGCACUGAUUGCCCCGCCUGUUGCCAGGCCCAGGCGCAGCGAGUGUGUGCAGUGGGUGGGGAUACGGUGCUCCCAAUGCAGCUGGCGAGGGGACCGGCAGGUGAAGAUUCUGGACAUCCUCAACAGCCCCAAGGGGCAGCAGUACAAGUUGGAGUGUGCAACGUGUGGUCACGAGUGGUUCCUCUCUGCUGACGCGGUUCUUGCUGCCUCCUCUCCUGCAAAACCUGCUUCUCGUGUCCCGGCCGCCACUCCUCCUGGUGUAACGCGUGACACUGCAACGGCUGCUGCUGCUGCUGAUGCUGCUGAUGCUGCUGAUGCUGCUGGUGCUGCUGGUGCUGCUGGUGCUGCUGGUGCACCAGCCCGUCGUGGUCCCUCUCGUCCUGGUGUAAAUCGUAACAAUGUCGUGGCUGCUGCUCCUGCUGCUGCUGCUGCUGCUGCUGCUCCGCAUGAUCCCGCAUUUCUUCGUGUGACUCGUAACAACGUCCCUGCUGCUGCUGCUGCUGCUGCUGCUGCUGCUGCUGCUGCUGGUGUUGCUGCUGCUGGCACUGCUGCAGCACCUCCCGAUGCUCCCUGUCCUCUUCGUGUGACUCGUAACAAUGUACCUGCUGCUGCCGGUGGUGGUGCUGUUGGUGGUGGUGGUGUUGCUGGUGCUACUGCUGCUGUUGGUGGUGGUGCUGCUGCUGCUGUUAGUGGUGGUGGUGCUGCUGGUGGUGUUAGCGGUGGUGCUGCUGCUGAUGCUGUUGGUGGUGGUGCUGCUGCUGAUUCUGUUGGUGGUGGUGGUGGUGGUGGUGCUGCUGCUGCUGCUACUGCUGCUGCUGCUGCUUCUUGUCUUUCUGCUCCCUCGUCUGACACUGCAACUCCCGUGGCUGCUCUUCCUGCUCCUUAUACCUCCUGUCCUCUUGGUUGCCCCCCUAUCUCUCACCAACCAUCCACUGAAUUCACUCUGGCUGCUGCCAGCCCAGGCUUCUCUGCCUAUGGGAGUCCAGGUGCGGUGUAUGCUGGUCACGGGGUGUGGGCAGGUGCUGCUGACUGGGAAGGAGUCAACGCGGGUCAAGGAAAGAGGGUCAACGCUGGUCAAAGGGAGGAGGUCAAAGGGAUCUGUGUUCCACGGCCACGAAGGCGGUUCACCGAUCAACCUCCUGGGCAGCAGCAGGAGCAUUCAGCAGCAGCAGCAGCAGCAGCAGCAGUCUCAUCGCAAAGAGGCGUGGGAGAGCCACAGUUGAAGCCAGCAGUGGGUCGUCACCUAUCAACAAUGGUGAAACGCACUGCACCGCACUUAAAGCCUGCAAACCACAGUGCACCAAUUGUUAAGCCGGUUAUGAGAAUUCCUGGCAGUGAGGGUGUGUGUGCUGCUGGUGGUCAAGCAUGUGUUGACACGGACACCUGGUGUGAGAGGAAUGGAGCCAAUGUGAUGGCACCAGGAAAACCAGCAGCAGCAGCAGCCGGAGGAGGAGGGUUAACACCAGCUGCAGCAGUGAACUCGAUUGACCUGAUGGAGUUGGAUCAUGCCUUUACCCUCGCAAAAUCACCUGACUUUUCACCUGACGUUCGGGAUCCCCCACCUGCACUCAAGCCAGCGUCACCCCUAGUGGCGUCGGCUUUUCCUGCAACUGUCUCUUCGCCUAUAGCUCCGGCUCCCCCUCCCGUGCGUCCGUCCUCACCAGUGGUGAUCAAUUUGGAUGACAUUGACGACAUUGACAGCUCCCAGGAGUAA